GGGGAGUCCUGCUCACUGCCUGGUGCUUCUGCCCCUCAGGCUCGGGUUUCAACCCUAGCUGCCGCAUCUGCGGUUAAGCCCGUUAGGCGAAGGGAGAACAUCUAAAGGUGGCUUACACAGGAAGCAGAGUGUGCAAAGAACCAGCUACGGGUCAGCUCCUGCGACUCCUGGAGCCCGGGCCUUGACCCGCUUAGCCUCUCAAGCUUGCAGCGGGAAGCGGCCGACCGAUCCGCCUUUCCACGCUUCGUUGUAUCGAGCUCCACCAGGGGGCGACCCGGGCCCACGUGCCACCGAGCCCUGCUCUUCCGAAACUACAACUCCCAGGCCGCUCGGGGGUCGCGCCCGCCUCGCCUCGCCUUCUGCUAGCUCCAAUUGGCCGCCGCGGGAGGGGGAUUGGCGGUCUCCAGGGCGACGGGAGGCGCUCGGGGCAUCCGAGGCGGGGAGGCGGGUCCGCCCCCUAUUGUGUAGCUGGAAGAGUGAGGCCGAGCGGUGCGGAGCAGAUCUGGUGGUGCUCCAGAGAACGGCUUCCUCAGGUGUGACGUGAGCCAAGCCCUAACUGUCCAGAAGAGUGAGCGCUGAUCCCUGUGACCUGAUCAGAAGGACUGAGGGGCUUGCUGGGCUCUGCACGUCCCCGGGCCCCUCCAUCUGGGCCCCUGUGGAGAGGAGGGGCCGGGCAAGCAGGCAGCUGGGCUAUGGUUUGGUGCCUCGGUCUGGCCAUCCUCAGCCUGAUCAUCAGCCAGGGGGCUGACGGUCGAGGGAAGCCUGAGGUGGUGUCGGUGGUGGGCCGGGCCGGGGAGAGCGCGGUGCUGGGCUGUGACCUGCUGCCCCCGGCUGGCCGGCCCCCUCUGCAUGUCAUCGAGUGGCUGCGCUUUGGAUUCCUGCUUCCCAUCUUCAUCCAGUUUGGCCUCUACUCCCCCCGCAUCGACCCUGAUUACGUGGGGCGUGUCCGGCUUCAGAAGGGGGCAUCUCUCCAGAUCGAGGGGCUCCGGGUUGAAGACCAGGGCUGGUACGAGUGCCGCGUGCUCUUCCUAGACCAGCACAGCCCCGGGGACGACUCUGCCAACGGCUCCUGGGUGCAUCUCACCGUCAACUCGCCCCCUCAGUUCCUGGAGACGCCUCCCCAGGUGCUCGAAGUGCGGGAACUGGAGCCGGUCACCCUGCGGUGUGUGGCCCAAGGCAACCCCCAACCUCGGGUGACUUGGAAGCUCCGAGGACAGGACCUCGGCCAGGGCCAGAGUCAAGUGCAGGUGCUGAACGGAACGCUGCGGAUCCGGAGGGUGGAGCGGAGCAGCGCCGGGGUCUACACCUGCCAAGCCUCCAGCACCGAGGGCAGCACCACCCACGCCACCCAGCUGCUGGUGCUAGGACCCCCAGUCAUCGUGGUGCCCCCCAAGAACAGCACGGUCAAUGCCUCCCAGGAUGUUUCCCUGGCCUGCCGGGCUGAGGCAUACCCUGCUAACCUCACCUACAGCUGGUUCCAGGACAGCACCAAUGUCUUCCACAUUAGCCGCCUGCAGCCCCGAGUGCGGAUCCUGGUGGAUGGCAGCUUGCGGCUGCAGGCCGCCCAGCCUGAUGAUGCCGGCCGCUACACCUGUGUGCCCAGCAACGGCCUCCCGCGCUCGCCCUCGGCCUCUGCCUACCUCACUGUGCUCUACCCAGCGCAGGUGACCGCCAUGCCUCCUGAGACGCCCUUGCCCGUGGGCAUGCGGGGGGUGAUCCGAUGCCCUGUUCGUGCCAACCCCCCACUGCUCUUUGUCAGCUGGACCAAGGAUGGGCAGGCCCUGCAGCUGGACAAGUUCCCUGGCUGGUCCCAGGGCCCAGAAGGCUCCCUGAUCAUCGCCCUGGGGAAUGAGGAUGCACUGGGAGAAUACUCCUGCACCCCCUACAACAGUCUUGGCACUGCAGGGCCCUCCCCAGUCACCCGUGUUCUGCUCAAGGCUCCCCCAGCCUUUCUAGAACGUCCCAAAGAAGAAUAUUUCCAAGAAGUAGGGCGAGAACUCCUUAUCCCCUGCUCUGCCCGGGGAGACCCUUCGCCUACUAUCUCUUGGGCCAAGGUGGGCCGGGGGCUGCAGGGCCAGGCCCAGGUGGACAGCAACAGUAGCCUCAUCCUGCGACCACUGACCAAGGAGGCCCACGGACGCUGGGAGUGCACGGCCAGCAAUGCUGUGGCCCGAGUGGCCGCCUCCACGAAUGUCUACGUGCUGGGCACCAGUCCGCACGUUGUCACCAAUGUGUCCGUGGCACCUUUGCCCAAGGGUGCCAACGUCUCCUGGGAGCCUGGCUUUGACGGCGGCUAUCUGCAGAGAUUCAGUGUCUGGUACACCCCACUGGCAAAGCGUCCUGACCGAGCCCACCACGACUGGGUGUCCCUGGCAGUGCCCGUGGGCGCGGCCUUCCUCCUUGUGCCUGGCCUGCAGCCCCACACACAGUACCAGUUCAGUGUCCUCGCUCAGAACAAGCUGGGGAGUGGGCCCUUCAGCGAGAUUGUCUUGUCUGCCCCUGAAGGGCUUCCUACCACACCAGCUGCCCCCAGUCCUCCCCCGACAGAGAUGUCACCUCCCCUGUCCCCUCCACGAGGGCUGGUGGCAGUGAGGACGCCGCGGGGGGUACUCCUGCACUGGGAUCCCCCGGAACUGGUCCCUAAGAGGCUGGAUGGCUACAUCCUGGAGGGACGGCAGGGCUCCCAAGGCUGGGAGGUGUUGGAUCGGGCCGUGGCAGGCACUGAAAUGCAGCUGGUGGUGCCAGGACUUAUCAAGGACCCCGAUCCCCAGGACGUUCUCUACGAAUUCCGCCUCGUGGCCUUCUCCGGUAGCUAUGUCAGUGAUCCCAGCAACACAGCCAACGUCUCCACCUCUGGCCUGGAGGUUUACCCCUCGCGCACGCAGCUGCCAGGCCUGCUGCCCCAGCCCGUGCUGGCCGGCGUGGUGGGCGGGGUCUGCUUCCUGGGCGUGGCCGUGCUAGUGAGCAUCCUGGCCGCCUGCCUCAUGAACCGGCGCCGAGCUGCCCGUCGCCGCCGCAAACGCCUCCGCCAAGAUCCACCUCUUAUCUUCUCUCCCGCCGGAAAGUCAGCUCCCCACUCUGCUCCGGGCUCGGGCAGUCCUGACAGCGUGGCGAAGCUGAAGCUCCAGGGUUCCCCAGUCCCCAGCCUGCGCCAGAGUCUGCUCUGGGGGGAACCCGUUGGACCCCCCAGCCCCCCUCCGGAUCCUCCACCUAGCCGGGGGCCCUUACCCCUGGAGCCCAUUUGCCGGGGACCAGAUGGGCGCUUUGUGAUGGGACCCCAGGUGGGGAUCUCCAGAGAAAAGUCAGGCCCUGAGCAGUCCGAGCCUCGGACCCCAGCUCGGCGUCAGGCCAGGUCCUAUGAUUGCAGCAGCAGCAGCCCCAGUGGGAUGCCCCAGCCCCUCUGCAUUGCAGACAUCAGCCCUGUGGGGCCCCCUCGACCGGCCCCACCCAGUCCUCUGCCAGGUCCAGGGCCCCUGCUCCAGUACCUGAGCCUGCCCUUCUUCAGGGAGAUGAAUGUAGAUGGGGACUGGCUCCCCUUGGAGGAACCCCGGCCUGCUCCACCCCCAGAUUACAUGGAUACCCGGCCCUGCCCCACCUCAUCUAACCUCCAGCCCCUGGACUGCCGCUCUGAGUCCCCCAGGGCAGCGCUUCCUGGGGCCAUGGUCGGGGUCGGGGCCGCCCCAGAGCCCCCGUACACAGCCCUGGUUGACUGGACGCUGAGGGAACGGCUGCUGCCAAGCCUCCUCCCUGCCGCCCCUAGGGGCAGCCUCACAAGCCAGAGCAGUGGGCGGGGCAGCGCCUCCUUCCUCCGGCCCCCCUCCACCGCCCCCUCUGCAGGAGGCAGCUACCUCAGCCCCGCUCCUGGAGACACCAGCAGCUGGGCCAGUGGCCCUGAGAGGUGGCCCCGAAGGGAGCAUGUGGUGACGGUCAGCAAGAGGAGGAACACAUCUGUGGAUGAGAACUAUGAGUGGGACUCAGAAUUCCCAGGGGACAUGGAGUUGCUGGAGACUCUGCACUUGGGCUUGGCUGGCCCUCGAUCCCGACUUGAAGCCGAGCCAGAGCUAGGUGUGAGAGCCUUCCAGAAAGGUGUGAAGACUCCAGAGGAGGGCUGCCUCCUGAGUGCUGCCCAUGCUCCUGGCCCUGAGGCCCGCUGUGCUGCCCUUCGGGAGGAAUUCCUGGCCUUCCGCCGGCGCCGAGAUGCCGCUAGGUCUCGGCUACCAGCCUAUCGACAGCCCAUCUUCCACCCUGAACAGGCCACUCUGCUGUGAAUGCCCUAAUGUGAGACAGGGUGAAGGCACACGGACCCUGCAGGGGAAGCCCCCAGCAAGAUCUUUCUCCAGCCGGGGAUGCUGCCCCUGCCCCUUUGGUGCUGUCACGGGCCCUGACAGUGGGCUUGCUGAGGGGUGUAUGGACUGAGGCCCUUGAGUCUGGGGACUGCCACAGUGAUCUUAGGUCUACCUGUGUGUGUGUGUGUGGGUGUGUGGGUGUGUGGUGGUUGUGGUGUGGGUGAGGCUUUUUUUUACAGGUAAAUAAAGUGAAAA